AAACAAUACAGAGUUGUCUUGAGAGGAAAGUUAAAAAUAAUUCCAAAAAAAAAUCACCUCCUGUGCCAUUCAACUCCCUCGCGACCGACACACAAUCAAACACUCUCUCGUCGCCCAUCAUGGCGUUAACAACAAAGUGUCACAGUGUCAAACAAACAACGAAAACGAUGAAAUUUUUCACUUCACAACGAUGCCUGGUCUUUGGCAUAACACUGCUAGUGGGAUUUCUGGCCCUGCACACACAAUCGGUGGAGGCCAUGGCCCGGCGAAACUAUCAACCGGAACCCAUUGACUACGAUGACUAUGGAUAUUCUUCGCCCAAUAUGGAUAUACAGAAACGCAGUGAUUCGCUGCGUGAUAACAAGGAUAACAACGAUGAUGACGGUGGUGGUGGCGGCGGUGGUGCUGCUGCUGGAGACGGGGAACGUGAUGCUGUCAAUGAGAAUGGCGAUUUUAUGCCACGCUUUAAGAAUCCCAAAAAUCUUCGCAACAUUUUUCCUAAACCCUCGGGAAGUUUUAUACAACUCAGCUGUCCUGCCAUUGGCCGACCGGAGCCCAACAUCACCUGGUUACUGAAUGGUACCAAAAUAGCCCGAAAUAUGGGUCGUGUAAAGAAAACUAAAUGGGCCAUAAAUAUGGAAGAUCUUGUGCCAUCCGACUCGGGAUUCUACACCUGCAAGGUCUGCAAUCCCCUGGGUUGCAUAAAUCACACCACCAAACUGCACAUCAGUGAUCGCGUCAAUCACAAGCCCAUCAUUUUAACCGCUCCCAAAAAUCUCACGCUCUUCAUCAAUGAAAGUGGUGAAAUGACUUGCAAAUAUCUCUCAGAUCUGUUCAGUGUCAAGAGUUGGACAUUUACACCCUGCAAUGCCACGGCCUGUUCCCAGAAUACCACGGUGGUGGAUGGUGAUGAUGUUUUGAAAUUUGAAAAUGUCACUCAGGACCAGGAGGGUUGGUAUACCUGUAUGGAAAUGAAUGGUUUGGGUAAAUCCUGGAACAACGCCUAUUUAAGGGUCUUGGAUCCCACAGAAGCAAUCGUCCCGAAAGUCAUUCGAUCCCAGACACUGUGGGAGGUGGUGGUGGCCACGGUUAUUCUGCUGAUGUUACUCCUCCUGGCCAUAUUCAUUUACUAUGUCUGGCGUAAAAUGAAACACGAAAAGCUGUUGAAACAACGCAUUGAAACGGUGCAUCAAUGGACCAAGAAAGUUAUUGUGCUAAAGCCGGCAUCAGGUGAUUCCUCCGGUUCCAUGGAUGCCAUGAUAAUGCCGGUGGUGAAAAUUGAAAAACAACGCACCACAGUUCAGCAAAGUUCCAACUCCGAACCGGCUCCUUUUAAUGAAUAUGAAUUUCCCUUGGAUUCCAAUUGGGAAAUACCCAGAAAUACUCUCAUAUUGGGCGCCACCUUGGGUGAGGGUGCCUUUGGACGUGUCGUCAUGGCUGAGGUGAAUAAUUCCAUUGUGGCCGUGAAAAUGGUUAAGGAAGGCCACACCGAUGAUGACAUUGCCAGUUUGGUACGCGAAAUGGAGGUCAUGAAAAUCAUUGGCAAACACAUCAACAUCAUCAACCUGUUGGGUUGUUGCUCCCAAAAUGGACCUCUCUAUGUUAUUGUGGAGUUUGCCCCACAUGGCAAUCUAAAGGAUUUCCUUAAUAAAAAUCGCCCCAUCAAGGAUUAUGACAAGGAGAGUAAUCUCUCACCUCCCGCACACCAUUUGACGGAGAAACAUUUAAUUUCGUUUGCCUUUCAAAUUGCCCGUGGCAUGGAGUACCUGGCCUCACGACGUUGUAUACACCGUGAUUUGGCUGCCCGCAAUGUGCUCGUAUCCGAUGAUUAUGUCAUGAAAAUUGCCGAUUUCGGUUUGGCCCGUGACAUCCAAGACACAGACUACUAUCGUAAAAACACCAAUGGCCGUUUGCCCAUCAAAUGGAUGGCACCCGAAUCGCUGCAGGAGAAAUUCUAUGACUCGCAAAGUGAUGUUUGGUCCUACGGCAUUUUGUUGUGGGAAAUUAUGACAUUUGGCGCCCAACCUUAUCCCACAAUUAUGUCAGCCGAAGAGCUGUACUCGUAUUUAAUGUCUGGCCAACGAAUGGAGAAGCCAGCCAAAUGUUCGCUCAACAUUUACAUGCUGAUGCGCCAGUGUUGGCAUUUCGAUGGCAAUGCCCGGCCAACAUUUUCCGAAAUUGUGGAAAAUCUGGAUAAGCUGCUGCUCAGCAAUGAGGAUUAUUUGGAUGUGGCAGUGGCGAAUCUGGAGACACCGCCCUCAUCGAGUGAUGAAGAGGAAUCGGAUGCAGAGUCCAUGCGUUAUCAUUAUAAAUGAGAAGCGGUGAGAAAAGGGGAGAAACGGGGUAGCUACUAGGCCUUACCAUGCCAGGCAAAAAAGGGUGAGAAUUUAGAUUUUAAGAG